AUGUCUUCUGGAGGCUUUCUGAAGGAAAUGCAAACCAUUGGCGAGAAGCUCCUCCUUAAACUCCAGAAACUGCCCAAGGCUGACCCAGUGGAGAUUGUGGCCUUUUGUGUGGUUCUUCUGUUUAUUGUCACUGUUCUGGUGCUGAUGGUCAUCGCCUGCAGUUGCUGCUGCUACAGCUGCUGCAGCUGUGACGGACGCCCCGACCGCAGGCGCAGGAAGAUCCAAGUCCGCCCCACUGCCCAGUCAUGA